UUUACUUUCUCUCUCUACAAUCCUCUUCACCAUUUCUCUCUCCGUCGCCGCCGCUGUCGUCGUCGAACAGAAACCGCCGAACAACAACCGCCGUCGCCGUCACCGCAACCGCCGCAUCGGUGCUCUUCCUUUCUCGACGUCCUAUAUUCAUCCUUUUUCUGUGUUGUCUUGCUGUUGUUCUGAAAGAUAGUCUAUCUUAUAAGGUAGGCUUGAAGAUGAAGGCUUCGUCGGGGUUCCCUGUUUUGGAUAACCGAUCGAUUGAUCAAUGGAAAGUUACGGAAUUGAAGGAAGAACUCAAAAGGCGAAAGCUGACCACCAGGGGUUUGAAGGAAGAACUAGUGAGACGGUUGGAUGAAUCUCUGCGCAAUGAAAUGGAAGCUGAGAAACAAGAGGCUGACAAUGGUGCUCAGAAUAUACAGCCAAAUAACGUAUCUCAAGUCGCUGUAACUGAACAAACUGGUAGUGUAAUCGGUGAAUUAGGAUUAGGCAUUCCCGUUAAUGCUGAGGUUAAUGUGGGUGUUGCUGAUGUCGAAAUCACAAAGUUUGAUGAUGUGUCACUUCAGGGUAAUAGCCAGGUUAGUAUUGAACAACCAGUUGAGGGACAGGUUAGUAUUGAACAACCAGUCGAGGGCAAGGUUAUUAUCGAAGAGCAGGAAUCUGUGGUAGUUCUAGGGAACGAUCAACCUCCAGAGGUGGGUGCAUUAGCUGCAAAUGAUGUACCUUCUGUUGGUUUAGGCAAUGAGAUUAGUGAGAGUUUGUCAUCUGAUAUAGCAGUGGACGGGAAGGGUUCGCAAGAUGGUAAUAUCGAGAGGGUUGAUGAGGGUUCAAGAGCGCAGGAGCAAUCGGAGGAUAUAAAGCCACUACAUGAUGAUGAGAAGCUGGAAUCUUCUGAUGCAAACAACCAGGUAUCUGAGGUCAGCUCUAGUUUAGGGUUUCCCGUAAAAUCUAAUUCUAUUUCUACUGAUUCUGUGUCUUUUAAUGAAAAGAAUGACCUAAAGGAUAACAUAAUUGCUGAUAAUGUUAAAUUAGAAUCUGAUGUUAAGCCUGAGAUGGUGCAACCAUCAUCAAGCGAUUUAUUCCCCGACGGUGGCAAUUCACAUCCAAGUGAUGUUGAGGAGCCACACGAAAACAAGGUUUCUGUUCAAGAGACAGAUAACAGUGUUACAAAUGCGGAUGUGAGCCAGAAAAUUUAUAGUGCAGAUUUGGGUUCUUCUGAAAAAUUAAACUUAGAUCGAAGUUCAGGUGAUGAUUCCAUGGAAGAAGAUGCUUUGGAAAGUAAGCAUAUUGAUUCAAAUUAUAAAUUUGAAGAAGUUGUUGAAAAGAAUGAGAAAAUUGAGGUCACUACUAUUGAGGAAGAAAGGCCUAUUGCAACCAUGGAUAUUGAUGUUCCUAUUAUAGAAAAAGGUACUGAUUAUGAAAAUAAUGUUGUUGCUGCUGCUUCAACUGACAAGAGAAAGCUUGCAGAUCAAGAAGCAGUUUUGAAUAAUGAGCCCACAAAGAGGCAGCGUAGAUGGAAAACUGAAAGCAAUGAGGUUAAGGAGCCUCAAAUCUCGAACAAUUCACCCCGCGCUGCAGUUAAGGAUGUGGCACAACCUGCUGUUUUGAAACGUAAUCUCUCUGGAUCUAAAUCAGUUAGUGGUGCUGAUGAGCCCCCUAAAGAGCGUGAAGUUCCACCCUCGUCAAAACCUGCUACUAAUUCUCUGAGGAUUGAUCGUUUUCUGCGUCCUUUUACCUUGAAAGCUGUCCAAGAACUUUUGUCCAAAACAGGGACUGUCACUAGUUUCUGGAUGGACCACAUUAAAACACAUUGCUAUGUCACAUAUUCAUCCAUUGAAGAGGCAAUGGAAACAAGGAAUGCUGUGUACAACUUACAGUGGCCUCCAAAUGGUGGACGCCAACUCUUAGCUGAGUUUGUUGAUCCGGAGGAGGUUAAAGCUCGUUCAGAGAAGCCAGCUCCAUCUCCAGCAGCUCCUGUGAGUUCUGGCCCGGCUGUUGCUGAACUAUCUCCUACAGUGACGCAGCCUUCACCCCGCCAACAAAGCCUUAGACAGCAGAUGGCACAACAACCUUCUCUACCACCGCCACCUCCUUUAACGAACCCGCCUCAGGCUAGGGAAUGGGCUGUUCCACCUCCACCCCCACCAAUGGAAAAAGUAGAGGCUCCUAUAGUGACCUUGGAUGAUUUAUUUAGGAAAACAAAGGCAACACCUCGGAUCUACUACUUGCCUUUGUCCGAUGAGCAAGUGGCUGCUGUACUUGAAGCUCGGAGUAGAAACUCUAAGCAGUAGGACCCAGGUUGGUAACUGGUUGCUCAUGUGUUAGGAUGUAAAUGUUGAGGAAGAAAUGAUGUAUUUGCAGCUUUCUUGGUCAACACAAUAGUUAGUAUUAGGAUGAAACUUGUCCAGUUGAGGAUAUCCUGAUGGAUGUUUGCUUAUUGUUUGGGGUCUCCCUUAAGUUUUUUGUUCGAGUUGAGAAAAUUGUCUGAGCGAACCCCAUAUGAAUGAACCUUCAUCCUUUGGGCUGGAUUGUGGCUUUGGCCCGUCUCCCUUUUUUCUUUUAUUGAACAGCUUACUCUGUUUUUCUUGAAACCUUCUGUAGGACAUAAUUUUAUUUUACUUGUGUUAAGAUGUUUAAGAAUUUGAGUUUGUUAUAUACAGUGGUAUGUUCAUACUCAA